CACCAAAUUACCCUUAUUUUAUUUAAAAAUCUCAUCUUUUUUACAGUAGUACGUAUUGAAUUCAAUUCAACCAUAAGCUGAAAAAAAUGAAUAAAUACAAAACAAGAAUUACUUGUAUAAGAGCAAAAACCUCUGACCAUAAACUCUGCCUUAUUAGUACUGAAUUUUAAACAAAUUCCACCUUUGUUUUCUUCCUCUUGUCCCAUUAUAUUCCUCCUUUCUCUCUCCUCAUUUCUCCCCCUUCUUAUUUUGAAUCCCCUCUUCACUCCCCCAAACCCAAACCCAAACCUCCCUUCAUUUUCUUCCCAAAAAAAAAAAAAAGAAGAAGAAAAGCCAUAAUAUUUUUUUUCAAAGCUUCUGUAAUUCCUCAUCAAUGGCGGUAACAUUGAGCAGCAGAAGAAGCGAGCAACUUCAUCUCCAGAAAUUCAAAGAAAAACAAGAAGAUUACAACAAUAUGAAUUUAAAUGAUCUACAAAAUCAGCUGAAAAAGCCAAGUGUAGUUCCAGUAGUUUAUUAUCUUUCCAGAAAUGGUCAGCUUGAACAUCCUCAUUUCAUGGAGGUUCCUCUCUCUUCUUCUCAUGGUCUUUAUCUUAGUGACGUCAUCCAUCGCCUGUAUCUUCUUCGUGGUAAAUCCAUGCCUUCGCGCUACUCCUGGUCUUCCAAACGGAGCUACAAAAGUGGAUAUGUAUGGCAUGAUUUGGCGGAGAAUGAUUUCAUUCAUCCAGUUCAUGAAGGAGAGUAUGUUCUCAAAGGUUCCGAGAUUGUGGUCGAAAAUAUAAUUUCUUCGCCAACUGCAUCCAAAUCAUCUGAAACGACGUCGUCAUCUUCAAGUGCGAAGAAUACUCCGGCGGCCGGAGAUUCUGAUUUUCCGGCGGUGAGGAAUCGCCGCCGGAAUCAGUCUUGGGGUGCGAUUGACUUGCACGAGUAUAAAGUGUAUAAGACUGAGUCAACUCACGAGUUCGCCGGAAAAGCGGCGGCGGACGCGUCAACUCAGACGGAUGAGAAACGACGUCGUCGGAAGGCGGUCGUUAUAAAGGAAGAACCCGAGGAUGAAAAGGCCGAGGAAAUGCAACAACAAGAUGAACAACAACAGAGUACGGAGUUGAGUAGGGAUGAGAUUUCACCACCACCGUCGGAUUCAAGUCCGGAGACAUUAGAGUCGUUGAUGAAAGCUGACGGGAGAUUAUUACUUGGUUCGUCGUCGUCAUCAUCAACUUCAAUGCAAGCUGCCAAUCAGGGUGAUCAUAAUAAUAAUCAGACGAUUGGGAGUUGUCCAAGUGGCAGAAUGAAAGCAUCUACCGUGUUAAUGAGCUUGAUUUCUUGUGGAUCGAUAUCGUUCAAAGACUGUGGGGCGGUCGCGGUGAAAGACAAUGGGUUUUCGUUGGUGUCUCAUUAUAAGACGAGGGUACCACGUGGCACACAUCAGGGGCUAGUCGAGGACGGGGGUAAUGAGAUGAUGAUGGUGGAGAUUGAGAAUAAUGUGAGUAGUAAGUUUGCGAAGAUGGCGUUGGAAGAUAAAGAGUAUUUUAGCGGGAGUUUAAUAGAGACUAAGAAACAAGAACUUCCUACUAUGCUUAAACGAUCUUCUUCUUACAAUGCUGAUAGGAGUGUGCAUAUGAAGUUGGAGGAAAAAGAAGUGGAAGGAGUGAGAGCAAAAUGCUUACCGAGGAAGCCAAAGACUCAAACAAGUACUAGUAAGAAAAAAUGUCACACGGAUUCUACUCGUGCUACCAUCAACAAUACUUGUCAAGAACGAAAUCAAAAUUAAGUGUCUUUGUCACUACUGAUUCCACAGAAUUAGUUACUUGGACUUCGAAUAUGUAUUGUGAGUUCCUCUUGUCUAACCUACAAGAAUAUUAUAUUAUUAGGAAGGAUGAUCGAAUUAACGAAUUAGAAGGUUGAAAAAUCAAGGGGACAAAUGUUUAUAUGCCGUGACUAGUAGUGGGUAACGUACAUUAAAAUUGUAGGAAUUUCUGUAGUAGACUAGUAGUAGCAGUUGUAGUGGUAAUUUUGGGAAUUCGGGGAAGCUUUUGCAUUUUAGAGAUGUGCAUGAAAAAAAAAAGAAAAAGAAAAAAGAAGAAGAAUAUAAAAGCUCCAUUUUCAUGUGAA